GGAAAUCUAGAAGGCGUUGAUGGUGGUUCACUUUUCAUCAAAAUAUUGACUCAUGCACAAAUUUGAAUUGCAUGUCAAGCAAUCAACCCACGUGCGGCUGUAAUGGCGGAAGAUGCAGCGUUGAGAAACUUUCGGGACUUCCUCUUGAUAUACAACAGGAUGACCGAGAUGUGCUUCCGACAGUGUGUGAAUAACCUGAAUUAUCGGGACCUAACGCCUGAUGAGAGCCAGUGUGUGGAUUACUGUGCCGGCAAAACGAUAAAUGUCAACCACAGAAUGAUGUCUGUCUACAUGGAAGUCCAGCCAGAAAUGAUGAAGCGCUCCAUAGAAGCACAGCAACAGCUAAACGCACAGCAAAGUGUACAAAGCCCGAGUUAGCAUUGCUUACUGUUAAUUUGCAGGGAACAACAGCCAUAGCUGAAACAGUCUGUGGAACAGUGCUCAAUGUAAUAGUAUUAAUUUAAUGUGAAGUUCUGUACAUUAUAUGGCGUCACCCAAAGGGGCCAUAUCGAUGUUGGCAUUAUUGUUGGUUGUAUUUGAGCUGUUUGUUGUGGCAUCUCAAUAAAUGUCAAAGAAUCUUGAU